CUGUAGUACUGACCGUAGUACUGUGUUUUCUGUGUACUGAGUGUAGUACUAACUGUAGUGCUAACUGUAGUACUGACUGUAAUACUGACUGUAGUACUGUGUUUUCUGUGUACUGACUGUCGUACUGACUGUAGUCCUGUAGCACUGACUGUAGUACUGACUGUAGUACUGGCUGUAGUACUGAUUGUAAUACGGACUGUAGUACUGACUGUAGUACUGACUGUAGUGCUGACUGUAGUACUGUAGUACUGACUGUAAUAUUGACUGUACUCCUAUAGUACUGACUGUAGUACUGACUGUAGUACUGGCUGUAGUACUGAUUGUAAUACAGACUGUAGUACUGACUGUAGUACUGACUGUAGUGCUGACUGUAGUACUGAAUUAUCUAUAUACUGACUGCAAUACUGAGUUUAUGUACUGACUGUAGUACUGAUUGUAGUACUGUGUUUUCUGUGUGCUGACUGUCGUACUGACUGUAGUCCUGUAGCACUGACUGUAGUACUGACUGUAGUACUGGCUGUAGUACUGAUUGUAAUACGGACUGUAGUACUGACUGUAGUACUGACUGUAGUGCUGACUGUAGUACUGAAUUAUCUAUAUACUGACUGCAAUACUGAGUUUAUGUACUGACUGUAGUACUGAUUGCAGUACUGUGUUUUCUGUGUGCUGACUGUAGUACUGACUGUAGUACUGUGUUAUCUAUGUACUGACUGUAGUACUGAUUGUAGUACUGUUUUCUGUGUACUGACUGUAGCACUGACAGUAGUACUAACUGUCGUACUGACUGUAGUACUGACUGUAGUGCUAACUGUAGUACUGACUGUAAUACUGACUGUAAUACUGACUGUACUCCUAUAGUACUGACUGUAGUACUGACUGUCGUACUGACCGUCCUACUGACUGUAGUCCUAUAGUACUGGCUGUAGUACUGUUUGUGGUACUGAUACUACAGACUGUAGUACUGACUGUAGUGCUGACUGUAGUACUGGUUGUGGUACUGACUGUAGUGCUUACUGUAGUACUGAUACUCCAGGCUGUAGUACUGACUGUAAUACUGACUGUAGUACUGUGUUUUCUGUGUACUUACUGUAGUUAUGACUGCAGUACUGUGUUAUCUAUGUACUGACUGUAGUACUGAUUGUAGUACUGUUUUCUGUGUACUGACUGUAGUACUGUUUUCUGUGUACUGACUGUAGUACUGUAGUCCUGACUGUAGUACUGAUACUCCAGACUGUAGUACUGACUGUAAUACUGACUGUAGUACUGAUCCUCCAGGCCGUAGUACUGACUAUAGUACUGUACUACUGCAGUACUGCGAUGGAAGCGGUUUGUGAGGACGACCUGUGCUGGCUGCAGCUGGAGGACUUCAGGAUGUUGCUCAUUAAGACCAUCGAUCCGUCCAGGAUCACUCCUUACCUGCGCCAGUGUCAGGUGAUCAGUGCCGAGGACGAGGAGCAGCUCUUCAACGACCCCGCCCUCGUCGUGAGGAGGAGGAAAGUCGGAGCUUUGUUGGACACUCUCCAGAGGACAGGGGUCAAAGGUUACACGGCGUUCCUGGAGAGUCUGGAGCUGGAUUAUCCCGACCUGUACCGACGGAUCACCGGGAAAGAACCCAACAAGACCUUCAGCAUCCUGAUCGACACAGCAGGAGAAUCUGGUUUGACUCAGUUCCUGAUGUCAGAGCUGAGCCGCCUCCAGAGGGCGCUGCAGGACGAGAGACGGCGUCGCCAGCAGGUGUGCUCUGUUGCCAAGGAACAGGAGGCGUGGUCUCGCCAGCAGCAGCUGAGGGACCACGAGCUGAGGAAGCUGACUGAGCGCGUGCAGAAGAUCCGGGAGGAGCGGGAGCGGCUGAGCGAGGAGGUGAAGCAGCUGAGAGACCACAACUACAGUCUGAUGGCCGACAUCAACAGCCUCAACCAGGAGAGGAGCAACGCCCUGCUGGCCAAUAGGGACCUGCAGAUAGAGGUGGAGCGUCUGAGGCACACGGUGCUGCGAGCAGAGAACCAGACUCGACUGCUGCGGCGACGAACGCUGCGACCGCUGCAGGAGAGCAGGAGUCUGGCUCUGCCCACAGGAACCUUCUUCCAUCCCAACAGACCGGAGGAACCAAAGGAGGAGAAACAGGAGGAGAAGGAGGAGGAACCGAAGGAGGAGAAGAAGGAGGAGAUGCAGCAGCAGGAAGGUCCAGGUCUUCCCCACAUGAACCUCCUCACCACAGUCUUCAGACUGAGGAGAGAACUCCACCGAGCAGAGGAACAGAGAACCAGGAGUGUGGAGGUGAAAGAGGAGCUGGAGCUGCGCUGUGCUCAGCUGAAAGGAGACGCCAAGAUUUACCGUCAGCAGAACAAACAAACGCUCCGCCAACUGGAGGAGGUGAUCAGGGAGAGAGACAAGGCGCUGACAUCGCGGGCGGAGCAGCAGGAGGAGGCACGGCUGCUCCUACAGGAGAAGGAUCAGUACAGGGAGCAGGUCAGGCAGCUCACCGAGCAAUCUGAUAGGCUGGAGCUGCUCCUGCUGAAGACACAGGGGGAGGAGCUACAACUGAGGACACGCCUCCGCAGAAUCACCUGCAACUCUCACCAGUGUGAGAGGAGUGUGAGCAGCGAGGAGGAGGAGGAGCCAACGGACAGCGCUGCUAAGGGCAGCAGUGAGGAGGUUCGCAGCGGGACUUCGGGGGAAAAUGAGGAGGCAGCAGCUCAUCAGCAGCAGCUCAGUUCUUCUGCAGGAGAACCAGAGUCUGAACAUAAAGCUAGCAAUGCGGCAUCAUGGGAGGAACAGACAGACAGCUGUCUCAGAGGUCGUCUGAACUUCUUUUACCGCAGGAAGCGAGCCCUCAGGUCAAAGUUCACCAGCAAGGAGUUCACAGCCGGUAACCUUGACGACAGCAGUGAUAUCACUGACUCCGACUGAUGGAGCACCAACACCUGUACUUUUAUUAUAGCGGACUACUUCUACUCUACAGUGUGUAUUUUUACUGUAGCAGAGUACUUCUACUCUACAGUGUGUACUUUUACUGUAACAGAAUACUUGUACUCUGCAGUGUGUACUUUUCUGUGAUUUGUUGAGAAUCUUUGAAUAAAAUGUGACCAGAAGUUAA